UUCCAGACCUCCAAGGAGGACAGAAUAGACAGGAGGUAUGGUCUCGCGAGGCUAGCUUUUUAUCUGUAUUUUAAGAUGAUUCAACACACCCUUGGCAUUUUCCAGAAUUGCCAGAUGAACAAUUCUCCGAUGCACGAAAGUCACGUCAUCACAAUUCCUCGUCUGCCUGCCUUGAAACGAAAGUGAAACGAGGUGCAGUUUAAGUAUUGCGAGACGUGUUUUAUUCUAAUCCAGUUGUAAUGAGAGGAAUAACACGAUGGAUGGAUAUUGUUUUCCCGUGACUGUAGAGGGCAAUUGGUCAACCUCUGCCUCUAAAACGAUUAAGAACAAGCUUCACAUUUAUUUUCAAAGUAAAAAUAAGUCGAGUGGAGGGGACUGCAUUGUGAACUAUGAGGAUCAUAGCUCAACGACAGCAACUGUUUAUUUCUAUACUGAGGAAGUUAGAGAAAAUGUCUUAUUAAGGAACAACCACGAAAUUACUGUAAAGAAUGAAAUUGUGAAGUUGCGAGUGUCAUUACCUUCGAAGAAGAAUCUGGAAGAGGCGGCAUCUUCAUCGGCUGGUGCAACUAGUAAUGCAUUGCCAGGUGUUUCCGAUGGAACACCGGAUGCCCCUCCCAAUGAGAGUAGCCCUGGAGGUGAGGGCACAGCCAAGGGGUUUCCUCAGAGCUCCUCUGUGGUGCUGGAGAGGGUUCCUGAGAACAUGUCCAGAGAGAUGCUGAUUAUGCUGGUUGAGAACAUUUCCUACUUUGAGGAAAACAUGUUCACCCUAGAGGUCAUCAGUGACACAAACACUGCUGUAUUGACCUUCAAUAACCCCAAUGAUGUGGAUAGGUUCCUCACUGAGAGCAAAAACAACAAGAACUUCCAGAAGCAUGGUUUGAUUGGCAGAGUGCUGGAGAGGAGUCAGAGUGUGAGAGUGGAGAAUCUGUCUUCUGCCAUGGUUGAAGAUAUGCUAGACCUCUACUUUGAGAAGUGUGGUGGCCCAGUGAAAAACAUUACGAUGAUCCCUGAUGAGCAGGCAGCCAUUGUCACCUUCCAAGCCGCUGAAGCUGUGGAAACCGUUAUCAAGAAAGAUCAUCAAUUUUGCAGUGUCUCAGUCAAUGUCUAUCCAUAUUACGAGUCCUUGGGCACUGCCUUGUAUGGCAAGGGCAGGGCAAAAUGGAAGAUGCCAGACUCCUUCAUAGUGAAUAUGCACCCUUCCAUAUGGAAAUUCAUCUCCUGGAAAAAACAAUCGUCCUCUAUCAACAACCAGAUGGAAGCCCACUUCUGUCAGGUAGACAUGGGCAGCCCUGAUGUCAAGCUCAGUCCUGUGCCAGCCUUGCUGAGGCAGAAAAGGCUAACAAGAAAACAUGUAGAAGAAUGGAAGCAGAAUACGUCUAAAGUCUUCCAUGACAUCAUUGCCCAAUAUGCAGUGUUUGAGUGUGACGCAAAUGUCCCCGUGUGGAAGAUGGUGGAAAACGAUGUCCGUGCUCUUUUGAAGGAGGAUGCAUUUCUGGCAAUGGAUGCCUCAAGAGGGGCUUUGACUGUGGCAGGAUUGGCCAAAGACACAAAGCCACUCAGGAGGGAGGUGGAGGAUGCCGUACAGAGGGCCAAGAUUCAGAUAAAGAGGCAGAGAGACGGUGUCUCAAAGGAGAUAGAUCUGUCCCCUGCCAUGUUCUAUAUCUUACAGCAGGCAGGAUUACAGCGGCAUGCAGCAAAUGAAGCCCCUGAGAUGGGCGUCUCCUACAGUGAGGGCACCAAGAAGCUGGUUCUCUCAGGUCUUGAAUCUGAGGUGUACAAGGUACAAAAUUGGAUACUGGAGAGGAAGCUCGGAAUGAAUAAGAAGGUGCUAAGGCUUGAUCCCAACCUCGUGGAGUUCCUGCAAUCAGUGGACAGUGUGGAGAUGUCCCAGCACCUUUUCAGUACCCAGGGCAUCGGUGCUGAGUACAGUGUGGAGGGUUGGGAGGUGCUUCUGACUGGCAGCUCAGACACUGCCCUGACUGAGGCAGAGAGGAGAGUGAACACUGUCCUGUCCCUACGGAGCGUCAUCGUGGAGGACCCAGAGGUUCUGAAUAUGCCCGAGUGGAAAGAUCUGAACAACAACCUGCUGGAUGCCUACAACUCCUCAAACAAGAGAACGGUGGUAAUAAAGCAUCUCCCAGAGGACACAAACAGAAUCAUCGUGUCAGGUUUUCGAGACCCCGUUGAAGAAAUCAGUAACAGUCUGGAGGAUUUUGUGGGCAAAUACUCAGCAGUUCAAGAUGCUGUCCGUGUCAAGUCCUGUGCUGUGGUUAAAUUCAUCCAGGAGAACAAAUUACAUGAGUGGAAAGGUUUUGAAAAGGUGAAUAUCCACUUCAACCCUAGAAAGACCAAAAUAAUCCUUUUUGGAGCCCGUCUCUAUGUCAGUAUGGCUAAGGCGUCCUUUCAGAAGAUGGCGGCAGCCUUGUGCACGGAUGAGCUGGCUGUCAUGAAGCCUGGAGCAAGGAAGUACUUCCAGGAGCAGGGGAAUAUUUAUCUUUCCAUGGCAUUUAAGGAGUACGGCUGUUUAGUACUGCUGCAGGAAGACUACAUGCUGGAGGAAGAGGAGGAAGAUGAAGACGAGGAGACAGGAUUUGGAUGUCCACCGUGCUGUGAAGUGAGAACACCUGAUGGAAUCCUGGUCUCCGUCAGCCAGGCGGAUAUCUGCAAGUUCAAAGCGGAUGCGGUGGUCAACGCUUCCAAUGAAGACCUGGCACAUAUUGGGGGCUUGGCUAAUGCACUGCUGAAUGCUGCUGGGCCGCAACUGCAGGAGCUCAGUGAUCAGUAUGUCCGCAGAAAUGGCAAGCUGAAGGCCGGAGACGCUGUCGUAACAGAUGGAUGUAAUCUGCCCUGUAAAUAUGUUGUCCAUGCGGUUGGUCCGCGGUUCACAGACUUUGACCGAAGAGAGUCCACACAGCGUCUCAAACAGGCGGUUAUUAAGAGCCUGAUGGAGGCUGCAAAGGUCAGCUGUCAGACAGUUGCCGUCCCAGCCGUCAGCUCGGGGAUAUUCGGCUUUCCUCUUGAUCUGUGCACGGAGACCAUCGCGAAGGCCGUGCGGGAGUACUGUGAGAACCAGAAGGGGGCCAGUUCCCUGACAGAGAUUCACCUGGUGGACAACAAGGACAAAACUGUCCGAGCCCUCGCCAUAGCUGUACAGAACGAAUUCAAACACUUGCACCCGAAAAUGGCCUUGCCUCUGCAGAGUGCACCCUUCAGAAGAGGAGGACAAGGAAGAGGGCAAGGCGGUUAUGGAUAUCAACAGCCACAAGGACAAUGGGCACAUGGGAGACGAGGUGGGAGAGGAGAAGAUGGUGGUCAACAUGGAUGGAAAGGAGGUGGAGGAGGAAGGAGAGGCAGGGGGGAAGAUGGAAGGGGGAGAGGGAGAGGGAGAGGAGGAGGACGGAGAGAAAGUGAAACUCAAGGAAAUGAUCAUGAAAACAGAGAGGAGACAAAUAGGAGGUAUGAGGGGGCAGCCAGAGGGGAUGUCCUUCAAACCAAUCACACACCAGAGGGUCUGAAGAUUAUUCUAAGGAAGGGAAAUAUCCAGGAGGAGUGUUCUGAUGUCAUUGUCAACACCAUCUCUGGCGAUUUGGACCUGAGUAACGGCGCUGUGUCCAAGGCCAUACUAAAAGCAGCUGGUCCUCAGAUCCAAAUUGAAGCCAGAAAGGAGGCUCCCACCUUCCGGUUGGACUACGGUGAUGUUGUGGUCACUGGCGGUUACAACCUGCCGUGUCAGAAGGUGAUUCAUACUGUUUGUCCUCAUUGGGACCAGGGAACCGGCGCUGCAGAGAAAAUUUUGAAAAUGAUCAUCAGAGAUUGCCUGAUAGAUGCAGAGAAACGUAGUCUGGCAUCCAUGUCUUUCCCUGCUAUUGGCACUGGGAACAUGGGAUUCCCCAGAGACCUGGUCUCCAAGCUGAUGCUACAGGAGAUCAAGGACUUCAGCCAGAAAAGAAGCCCUACACACCUGAAAGAGGUAGCCAUCGUGGUCCACCCCAGCGACAGGCAAAGUGUGGAUUGCUUCUACAGGGAGUUUAAAGGUCAGAUACAAGGAAAGACUUGGCAGAGUUCACAAGCUGCCAGUCAAUCACAACAGCCCAAAUCCAAUGUUGGCCAAUCACAGCAGUCCUCUGGCUUCUUUGGACAGGUGCGAUCACCUUCUCUGGGUGUGUACAUAAUGCAGAUGGGUCAUGUGACCUUUGAAGUGUCAUCUGGAGACAUUACCAGGGAGAAGAGUGACGUCAUUGUCAAUUCCUCUAAUAGCGACUUUACCCUCAAAACAGGUGUAUCCAAGGCCAUUUUAGAGGGAGCUGGAUUGGCUGUAGAAUUGGAGUGCUCAAAGCUUGCCAAUUCCCCCAACUUCAGCGACAGAAUGAUCAUGACAUCAGCAGGAUCUCUCCCAUCUAGAAAUAUAAUCCAUGUUGUGGGACAGAAUAACCCUGAGAAGGUGAAGGAGACUGUUUAUGGUGUCCUCAAGAUGUGCGAGGAGCACAAGUUCUCCUCAGUGUCUUUCCCCGCUCUUGGAACAGGCCAAGGUGGAGCAAGCCCAGCUGCCAUGGCAGACGCCAUGAUCGAUGCCGUGGUGGACUUUGUGAGAAAGAAGAAGGGCCAAUUUGUGAAGAUGGUGAAGAUUCUCAUAUUCCAGACAGCUAUGGUGGCUGAGUUCCACAAGAGCAUGACGAAGAGAGUGGGACAGGAAGUGGAGGAGAAGGGCUUCUUCGCUAAGGUCAAAGAUUCCGUGACAAGCUUAUUCAUGGGACCCAAUGAGGAAUUGGACCAAUCGCGGUCUGCUGGUGAGAACUUCGUCCUGGAGGGGGAGGUGUUUGAACCGACGGUGUUCCAACUGUGUGCUGAGACACCCCAGGCAGUGACACAGGCCCGGGACUGGGUUCAAAACCUUAUAGUGAAGGAGCAAACGAAGAAAACCAUCCAGGACCCAUACAUCAGCCAACUGAGACAGGGGGACAUGGAGAAGCUGCAGGCCAUGCAGAGGGAGCUGACCAUCAGUAUACGGCUGGAGAAGAAGGGCCCGGCCUCUCUGAUCCACCUGGAGGGCCUGAGCCGAGAUGUGCUUACAGCAGAUGGCCGCAUCAGGGACAUGGUCCGUGCUGUGGAGAGGGCAGAAACCCGCAAGCGGGAAGCCUUUCUGCUUAGCAGUCUGGUGGAGUGGCAGUACCAAGACAGCAGUGCCACUAUGGUGGCUUUCGAUAUGUUCACCAACCUUGACCUGGAGGAGGCCUUUGGAAAGAAGUUUAAAGUAAAUAUCAAGAUCAAUGGCGUUGAUUAUGAGGCUGACGCCGUGUACAGAAAAGCUUCCAGGUUAUGGGGGGGCAAAGGACACAUUGAGUUGCUGAGAAAAGAUCUGAAAGGUGAUGCAUCUCUGCCCAAGAAUUGGGGUGACAUGAAGGGCACCCUCCUCAAGCUAGUUCCUCUGUCACCAACAUCCACGGAAUACCAGGAAGUGGAAAAGGAGUGUGUGAAGACAGGGCUUAAACUCACUAUUGUUGAAAUUACACGAGUCCAGAACGUGACACUGUGGAAGAACUACCAGAUUAAGAAAAAACACCUGGAGGAGAAGAACAAACACACCAACAAUGAAAAAGUGCUCUUCCAUGGCACCAAUUCCACAUCCGUUGGUCUGAUCAAUAACAGUGGCUUCAAUCGCAGCUACGCUGGAACUCAUGGUGCUGCAAUUGGCAAAGGAACAUACUUUGCAGUUGACCCAGGGUAUUCAGCAAAUGGCUAUGCCCAGCCUGACGCGCAAGGAGACAAACGCAUGUACCUGGCCAGGGUCCUGGUGGGAGACUUCACUGUUGGAAAGGCAGGCUUGGUGGUUCCCCCCACCAAAUCGUCGGGGAAUACUGCUGACCUGUACGACAGCGUUGCCGAUAACCCCUCCAAUCCCACCAUGUUUGUGGUCUUCAAUGAUGUACAGGCUUAUCCAGAGUAUCUUAUUACAUUUAAGUAAAUGUAUUUAACCCAGCUGUGUGUUUAAACGUCAAUAGUUUUUAACCAGAUAUAAUGUAGCCACGUACAAGUCCAGGGUACGUGGGUUACUGAUGGAUCUCUUCUAAGUAGUUUCUUAGUAAGUAAAUGUACUUAGUACAUUCCUCAAUUGCACUGCAAGGAGAAACUGCACUCUAAAAGAAUGUCCAGAACUUACCUUGACAAUUUAAAUACAAAUAAUAGUUUGACAAAUCAUUUAUUCAGCACUUUCUCUGUAUUUUUUGGCACAGUAUGUUAUAUUUUCUUGGUAUACAUUUAGUUGUGGUCUUGAACAAUGCUAAUUUCCCAACCUAUUUUUGGCAUGUUUGUCAUGCUAUUUCCACAUUUAAACAUUACAUUGGUCAAUUUCUCGCCCGGCUUGACAACAAAUAUGGAGUUGGCAAGCUACAUCAGGAAUGGAAUUUGACAUUCCAGGGAAGGAUAUUUCAGUGAAUUAACUAAAAAUGCAAAAAAUGUAUCCCAUGUUUCUUUUGACUUUUUGUUGUAGAUGUUAAAUCAUUAAUUUUAAUCUGGUAGAUGCAGGUGUAUUUACUGUGUCAUGUCUGACAGUGCCUACGCUUUAAAUUAAAAUCAAUUGAACUUUA